AUGGUGAAGUUACAAUUUCGUCUGGUACAAGAUGUUCCUGACUCACUCAACAACCUUGAUGAUCUACAUAAAGUAGACAUGAGGGGGAGACAAGAUGAGAAUUGGGCUACUAGACAUGCGAAAUGGAUAGACGUAUGGAAGAACAUGUGUGAUCUGACAUUGACUGGAUUACCAAUUUUAGGGCCACUUUUCCACAGUAGUGAGUAUAUGUCGUGGUUUGUGGAAAACUCAUUUUUGUAUUUGUCCGUUCCACAAAUGUUACAUGACCCGAGGAUGCAUCGGGCAUCGAUUUCAACACAUGCACAACCUCCUCAACAUGAUGCCAUUGAGCACAAUUACAACACUCCAGAAGAAGAAGGAACUAUGGAUGAAAGAAGGCAUUCAAUUUCUUCCUUCUCUGAUUUAGGAAUGCCAAGCAUUUUUGGAGCGUAUGCCCCAACUCCACCUUCGACACAGGGUUUUGAAGGACCUUAUCCACAAUCCCCUUAUAAUGUCCAAUAUCAUAAUGAAACAGUGUCAUCCUCCGACGCAUAUAAAGGUCAUGAAGAUGCAGGGCAUCAUGAAGUCCAACCUUCAGAGGAAGAACCUCUUCCCUGUUUUGCUCCCAUCGUUGAUGGUUCAGCCACGUGCCACGAAAUGAGUGAGAACGACGACGGGGUUGAAAUGCAUUUGAUUCUUUCUAUUUCAUACGUAUUGCAUGACCGAAUAAUUCAAGGAGGGACACUGUAG